AUUUAAGUGGCCGGUUGAGAUACGGGCUUGUACUCAAAGGAACCACUUGAUACGAAUCUGAAACUAAGCCAAAUAGAUUUAGCAUCUACGUAAGUUCAAGUUCCGACAUGGUACAAGCACUGUUGUUCUAUUGCUAAGCUACAGUAGGUACUCAAUGUUACAACCCUGCAUGGUGUGCAACUGACUCCUGCAGUAAAGGGCCACUAGCUCCCACCGGAACGACACGAUGGUUGAUCUACUGAAUCGUGAUCCUAACAACAUCAACGACCAUAUUAAGGUUUCCUUCGAGGAUGUCCUUGCUGAGCCAGAGGGAGCUCGAAGCAUCGACUGUGUGUGGAGCGCAUCCUACACAUGCUUCAGUUGCUGUAAAGGAUGUCUCUACAAAAUCAUGACACUGUUGUGUGGCAUCUGUAUCGCUCUGUACUGGGGCUGUGAGUUUGCGUUGAUCGCCUUCACUCACAUUUGGUACAUCACACCCUGCUUCAAGGUAAUGGAGCUCAACUGUGGCUGUCUGAAGAAGCUGUACGGCAUGUGUGUGCACUGCGUUCUGGAUCCCUGGUGCGAGUCCUGUGGGAUGCUGUUCAUGGCUUUCGGGAAGAAAUGAAACGGUUUCCAUGGUAACUGUGGAUAUGGCACAGAGAGUUUUGAGCCCAAAUUGUUCAAAUUUAAUUCCACAUUAGGUGCCGCCACAUUGCUCUGCCCCCUUCGUACGAGUCAUGCGGACUUUUCUUUCCGGAAAUAGAACCAGAAACAUCUAGCCCGGCCGUGUUGCUGUACAUAUUGCUGAUAAAGCUGAUACAUAUUUGAUUGGACAUAAUUGAGAACAAUUGUGACAGAUCUCAAGGAUUUUCGUAUUUUGAGAUCUUUUCACAUUAUAGACUAACCGUAGGUGUCAUAUACAUAUAUUUAUACUUUUAAAUCUUAGUUAUUAAUCUUUUACUUACGUACAUUUACAUUAUUUGUAAUUUGUUGAAUAAAGAUUACGUUACAAUGCA